AUGGGCGUCGAGCUUGUCUUGAUCGACUUUCGAUAUAAUAUUGCCAACUUGGUCUUCUUCGUCCCCUACAUCAUCUUCCAGCCUCCGUCUACCAUCUUGAUCCGCAAGAUUGGCCCACGAUUUCACCUCGCCAUCAUCACGAUGCUGUGGGGCGCCGUCAUGAUUGGCAUGGGUUUUGUCAAAAAGUACCACCAGCUUGUUGCUCUCCGAGCGGUGCUGGGUGUGUUCGAGGCGGGAUUCUUCCCCAGCUGUGUCUAUCUUCUGAGCACAUGGUACACGCGAUAUGAGGUCGGAAAGCGAUACUCUUCCUUCUAUCUCCUCGGCUGCGUUGCCUCCGCAUUCUCUGGAAUCCUUGCCUACGGUCUCAUGCAACUGAAUGGCCGCGAGGGCCUUACUGGCUGGCGCUGGAUCUUCAUCAUCGAGGGCACUCUCACCGUCUGCCUCGGCAUCGCCGGAUACUGGCUGCUGGUUGACUUUCCCGACUCGACGCGCAAGUCCUGGUCGUUCCUCAGCCAGCGCGAGUGCAACUGGGUCGUCGACCGCAUCAACCGCGACCGAGGCGACAGCCACGUCCCGCCGUUCCAACUCAGCAAGUUCCUCCGCGGCGGCGCCGACUGGAAGAUCUGGGCGUAUGCAAUCAUCUUCUUCGACACCACGACCAUCUCAUACGCGCUCGCCUACACUCUCCCAAUUAUUCUCGUCGGCAACAUGGGCUUCACCAUUGGCGAGGCACAAUGCCUUGUCGCGCCGCCGUAUGCCUUUGCUGGUAUCAUCAUGUUCGCUACCGCGUGGGUCGGCGACAAGUACCACCUCCGCGGCCCCAUCAUCAUCUUCAACAUGCUGCUCUGCCUCAUCGGCCUGCCCAUCAUGGGCUGGGCCUCGAGCGCCAACGUGCGAUACUUUGGCGUCUUCCUCGUCACGGCCGGUGCCAACAGCAACAUCCCCGCCGUCAUGGCGUUCCAGGCCAACAACGUGCGAGGGCAGUGGAAGCGAGCGUUCUGCAGCGCUACGCUCGUGGGCUUUGGCGGCGUUGGCGGCAUCGCGGGCAGCCUGGUGUUCCGUGAGCAGGACAAGUUGACGGGGUACAAGCCCGGCAUGUGGGCUUGCAUCGCUUGUUCACUACUUACCAUCUGCCUGGUUUGCCUGUGUGAUUUUGAUUUCAAGCGACAGAAUGGCAAGGCCGACCGGGGAGAGAAGGUGCUGGAGUGUUACGAUGUGAGUUGUCCCUGAAAUUGUGACGAUAUUUAUUGCUGACAAGUGAUAGGAUGAUGCUUCUUCGGACUUCCGAUACACCUACUAAGCGUUGGGAGCGUUGGAACCCCAGGAUGGCGAGGGGAAUCAAAGCUUGGCUUGCCCCUGGUGAUGUAUGUAGUUG